UAAUAAGAGGAUGUUAUAUAGUUUAGACAUUAUGAUUUCAAAAUGUCCACCAGGUGUCAUCACAAUACAAGUUUAAGAUGCUCUGUCUCUACUUGUGUUGCAACUACAUAAGGAUUUUACUGGUAGAUUUACUUCUAUGAAGCAGUUGCAGUUUGUUGAAUAUGGAAAGCAAGCAAGAGUGUCAAGAUAAGAGCUCAGCAGAUGAGCCUAAUUUUGAAAACCGAAUAGAUAUAGAAGAAAGCUCCAUCAUUGGUGACCCUGUAGGUGAAAAGCCGUUGAAUUCAUCAUCAUCAAUAUCUUCAGCUAAGAAAGUGUCUGGCACACAGUGCACUAAAAGACUAAUUCAAGGAACCCAUACUUCCCAAAAGUUGGAAGGAGGGUGUGCCGAAAAUGAGCCUUUGUCAAAACGACCAAAAAUAGAGGAAGGUACUGGUGAUGGAAGUGAUACUUAUAUAAACCCAAACAAUAAGGACAGCACAGUCAAACAAGUACCACCUUUGGCCAAUAUCACCUUGCUCCCUAAUAAUGAAAAGGUCUGUGAUAUACAGAGUAUUCCCCAAGAAGGAGUAUUAAAUGCUGAAGAAAACAUUGACACAGUUUCAAGUAGUGGUGACUUUAAUAGCAAACAUGCAGAAAAUUUGUAUUCUUCAAACUGUGCUCUUAUUGAAGAUAAUAGCUGCCCUACUAAGGAAAAAAGCGUACAAAUUCCAGUAAACUCAGUGUCCAUUCAAAGCAAAAUAUAUUCCUGUGAUAUCUGUGGUUUCCAGUGCUCUAAAGAAAAUCUUUUGCAUGAACAGCAUAAUUGCCAGGCUCAGGUUCUUCAUGAGAAUUUUGGUGCACCCAAGGGUUUGUCUAAGAAAAUACAUUCAGGUGUUAAAAAAAAGUCCAACAAGAGCAAAUCUAAAGUUAUUAAAUCUAAAUUUACAGCUAAUAUUGAAACAAACUCUGACAUGGAUGGUGAAAAUAAAAAAGCAAAUAUAGGCAGAAAAACAAUGAAACAAAAAAUCAGUAGAGAAUUAAAAAAUAUUUCAAAAAUCAUUUUGGCCAUAAAGGCCAAAAGACAAAAAGACAGAGCAGCAUUCGAAAGGAGCCAUUUCUUUAGGAGAAAAUAUGGUUUUGGUCAUGUAAGGAAGAAAUUGCAUAUGAGAAGAAUAAUAAAAAAAGGCCAAGCACGCUUAAAACCUUUAGCUAUACCUUCAGAAAUGUUACACACAGAGUACACCAAUUGCACACAAAUGCUUGAUGAUAGGAAUAGUACAGCCAUGUUUGAGGAUGUAAGCAAGACCAGCACAUUGCACACAUGUGUUAAUUGUAAGGAACUGUUUCCAAAUGAAAAUGCACUAGAGGCACAUGUUAAGAAGCAACACAAUGAAGAAAUUCAGUUUUAUUGUCAGUCGUGUGGUUUCUUUUGCAUAAACAGGAGGAAUUUUGAAACACAUUGUGACAGUAAUUGUAGUCCGACAGUGAAAUGUAACCUUGAAUGCCAUAUCUGUUCAGCUGUUGCUGCAGAUAUAAUGAUCUUCGAAAAUCACAUGAGUGUCAAUCACAAUUUGAGAUUCCAUUGUGAUGUUUGUAAACUUUAUUUUAGGCUGAGGGAAGAGUUAUUGCACCAUGAAAAAACACAGCAUCAUCUUCAAAUCCUAAUAAGUGGAGACAAACUAGCUUUGCAGAUGUCUGAUCCCAGAAGCAUUCAGUCACAAAUUGAAAUCGACAAUAUAGCCACCACAACAGAAGUGGCAACAGAAGAAAAUCAUGUAAAGAAAGGUGCUGAAAAUGUCUCUCAUUUUGAGACUGGGAAGCAACAAUUUCAAUGUAAAAAGUGUUUUUAUAAGACACGCUCAUCAACUGUCCUUACAAGACAUAUUAAACUUCGACAUGCACACGAUUAUUACUUUUUAUGUAAAGCUUGCAAUAUCUACUCAAUGUGCAAAGAAGGCAUGGAAAAGCAUAUCAAAAGAAGUAAGCAUAUAGAAAAUGCUUGGAAAAAUAAUAUUGGCUUACUGUUUGAGGAGUGUAUAGAAAAGGUUUGGUUUGAUGGCAUUUCAGAUCCUAAUAUAGCUGAGGAUAGAGCUAAAGACAGUCAGCCAUUUCCAGUGUUGCAAAAUAGAGCUUUACCGUCUGCUGAUGGAAACCUUUUUUCCAGCCAAGAUUCCAGUGGAACUGAUGUAUUAAGAAAUGAACGCAAAAAAGGAAAAUCAAAAGGAAGUAUGUCUAGAUUGUGUAAUUACUGUGGACUUGUGGCUUCAAGUGUGACAAAUUUAUCAGUUCAUAUAAGGCGAAAACAUAGCCAUCAGUAUAGUUACUUAUGCAAAGUUUGCAACUAUUACACAGUCACUAAAGGUGACAUGGAACGACACUGUACCACCAAAAAACAUAACAUUCGUGUAGGAGUAGAAAAUAACGGACCACAUAAAAUAGAUGUUAUUGUUACCUCUGAUGGAAGACAUUUUGAAAGCAGGGCUAAGAAAAAAGAAACCUUGUCUCCUUCCCCUUUAGAUAAUGGACAUACUAACUCUGUCACUACGGAGAAACCUGUCAAUACCUCUGACACACUGCCAGUUCAGCAAGUUUCGAAUCCAAUCUGCUCCAUAAAUUUGCCAGAAGACAGCCCGGUAUUUGAAGUUCGGGUUACAGUAGCAGAAACAAAUGCCACUAGUGAAAAUGAUAUAAUAAAGAAGGAUUCUCUUAAAACUGGAAAUAAAAAAAACACUCUGUCUUUAGUCGAGAAACAACAUACUGAAGAGUUUCAGUACUAUUGUAUGGCAUGUGAACACUAUACCGUAACACACAGUGAAAUGAUGGGUCAUGUGAUAACUGAGAAACACAAGAUUAACUACCAGGCUUACAAAUCACAGUCUUCAUCAGUGACAGAUGUCACUACUGACAAUGUUCAGAAAUCAUCAGAUGACUUGUCCAAUCAGCCGGUUCAAGGAAAUAAUGAAUGCUUGACAGCAAUUACUCACAAUCCAAAGUUAAAUGUCGAAAUAGACAGCCAUGUUUCUGCUUCAGAACAAGGAGAAAAGGUAGCAUUGAAUGUGCCUGAAACAACCACCGCCUACUUAAAAGAAAGCACUGAAAUCAAUACAAAUUGUGAGCAAAAAAGUCUGGAUCAUAAGGUUUCCACAGAGAAAGGGCAAGAAAAUGGAAUUGAAAGGCAGCACAUAGUUUCUUCAGUAGGUGUCAAUGACAAAGUGAAAUAUGUAAAAUAUAAAGAUGAUUCAGUUGUUGAAAUGAUACAGCUAAAAAAUGGCGAAUCUAUAUCAAAUGCUCAUUCGGAUGAGAUAAUCCUUGAGGCUGAUAAUGAAAUGGAAGUUUGUUCUGUUGAGGAUACUGUAGGUCUAGACAGAUCAUCAGGUGAUAUUGCAGUGGAAUUGAGCACUGCAAGUGGGACAUACAGUGCAGAUCAAAGCAGAGAGGAGUUUGAUUCUUCAAUUGUGAAACUACACAAAUGGCAAGUAGAAGCGGGUGCUGUACAACCGUUAAAAAGGAAGAAAGGCUGUGGAAAAUCUCAGAAAGGUAAAAGCCGUAUACGCUGUGAUGACUGUGGUUUCUUAGCAGAUGGCCUGAGUGGGCUAAAUGUACAUAUAGCAAUGAAACAUCUAACAAAAGAGAAACAUUUUCAUUGCUUACUAUGUGGCAAGUCCUUUUUUAGCGAAAGCAAUCUUCACCAGCACUUGUCUAGUGUUGGCCAUAUAAGGAAUGAACAGGAGAGUUUUGAAGAGCUACCUGAAGGGGGAGCCACUUUCAAAUGUGUGAAAUGCACAGAACAUUUUGAUUCAGAACAAAGCUUAUUUCUUCAUAUUAAAGAAAAGCAUGAAGAACUGUUAAGAGAAGUCAACAAAUAUAUUGAGGAGGACACAGAACAAAUCAAUAAAGAAAGGGAAGAAAACAAGGGAAAUGUUUGCAAGUACUGUGGCAAGAAAUGUAAAAGUAGCAACUCCAUGGCUUUCCUCGCUCACAUUCGCACUCACACAGGAUCAAAGCCAUUUAAGUGCAAGAUAUGUCACUUUGCGGCAGCUCAGCUGGGAGAUGCCAGGAAUCAUGUGAAGAGACAUCUCGGGAUGAGGGAAUACAAGUGUCAUGUCUGUGGGGUGGCCUUUGUUAUGAAGAAGCAUUUAAACACACAUUUACUGGGAAAGCAUGGACUUGGUACUCCAAAGGAAAGGAAAUUCUCGUGCAACCUCUGCGAUAGAAGUUUCAGGGAGAGGUGGGCUCUGAACAAUCACAUGAAACUACACACUGGAGAAAAGCCCUUUAAAUGUACCUGGCCUACAUGCCAUUAUUCUUUCCUCACUGCAUCAGCCAUGAAAGAUCACUACAGGACUCACACAGGCGAGAAGUCAUUCUUGUGUGACCUUUGUGGCUUUGCUGGUGGGACCCGUCACGCCCUUACUAAGCACCGGAGGCAGCAUACAGGAGAGAAACCAUUCAAAUGUGAUGAAUGCAACUUUGCAUCUACAACUCAGUCCCAUCUAACAAGGCACAAAAGAGUCCACACUGGAGAGAAACCCUAUAGGUGUCCUUGGUGUGAAUACAGAUCUAACUGUGCAGAAAAUGUCCGCAAACAUAUCUUGCACACUGGUAAGCACGAAGGAGUGAAAAUGUACAACUGCCCCAAAUGUGAUUAUGCAACCAAUGUACCAGUGGAGUUUCGUAACCAUCUGAAGGAGCAGCAUGUCGACAUUGAGAACCCUGACUUGGCAUACCUUCAUGCUGGUAUUGUUUCUAAAUCGUUUGAAUGCCGGAUAAAGGGACAAGGUGCAAACUUUGUGGAGACCACCAGCCCUUUCACCGCAUCUUCUACAAUAGAAACUUCUCCACUGAAAGAAAAAACUACGCGAAGUACCAGAAGGCAAUCUCCUGCAACUGAACAAGUGCAGCAGGUCAUUAUUAUCCAGGGAUUCUCUGAAGAAUAUGAUGGGGAUUUUACAAUUGAUGCCUCUGUUGAGGAGACUGCAGCAGCAACCCUUCAGACACUGGCAAUGGCUGGUCAAGUAGCAAGAGUUGUCCAUAUUACUGAAGAUGGCCAAGUAAUAGCCACUGAUCAAGCUGCUCAUAUGAAUAGUAUCAUUCCGGGAGAAAUCCUAAGGGAGCAGUUGCAAGAUGGAGCUACACAAGUUGUGGUAGUUGAAGGUCCUGUAGAAGAAACAGAAGUAGCUGAGUCUGUCUCAAUAGAAACAGUUACUGACUCUACUGGAAAUGUGGUACAGCAGGUCAUGGCGCAGGGAAUUUUAGAUCCAUCACAGACUAUGCAUGCUGCUGAUUCCUCUUCAGCACUGGAUGCACUUCUUUGUGCUGUGACUGAGCUAGGAAAUGUAGAUGAAGGUAACGCUCAACAAGACAGAACAGAAAGAACAGUAGAAGAAUCAGUGGUCAGGAUUACAAGUAACCAGGAAUGUAGUAAUCCCAGUGCAGGUGAAAUACAGAUGUACCAUGAAGUACAUGAUGCACCUCAAAGCAUUGAACCAAUAGAGGUUGUAAGACAAGUCAUGCAUUCAUCGAGCAUUCUUACAUCUCAAGAAUCGGCACAAGUGGCAUUCAAAAAUAUGGUGCAGGGGGUCCUACAGUUUGCUGUUUGUGAUUCUGAUUCAGCAGAUCAGCUAGGUGUUACUCAGGUAAUAGUAAAUGAUGAAGGAACAGUGCAUAUGGUCUCUAGUGAAGGCCCUCGUAUAAUUAUGCACAAUGCUGAAAGCCAUACCCUUAAUCUUCCUGAGCAAAACGUGGAUCUGGUUGAAUCUGAUGAAGAAAUUUCACAAAUAAUUGUCACUGAAGAGUUAGCCAGGGCCAUGGUCCAAAAUGUCAGCAGCAGCUUUACAGAUGGCACGACUCAUUAUAUUGUGACAGAAUUACCUCAAGAUGCAAUGCAGAAAGAAUCUGGUGUUUUUUCACAUGCAGUAAUACAGACAGAUGAGUCAGGAGAUAUUCUGCAUGCAGAAACUACUUUGGGGACAGAAAUUCCAUGUGAAGCCACAUCAGAAGAUCUUACAAGCAUGACAGUGUAUACAGAGUGUAGCUCCCAAGACAUACAUGAGGCAAACCAAAAAGAGGCUAUUGAAGAACAGGUGCAAGUGUAGAGCGCGAUCAUUCAAUUCAGUUGUGUGUAAUUUUAUAAAUUCUGAUGGAGUAAUGUAAAAGAAACUGCAGAAUUGGCUCUGGGUCUAGUAAACCAUAGCACCAAAAACAGGUGCCCAGUAAAGGCUACCUACUGAUUGUGUAAACUUUGCAACUUUUGCUACAUUACCCAUAUUUUGUUUAUUCAAGUGUAUAUGACUUUUGUUUCGACCAAGACAUGGCAGUAAAGAUGUAAGGCAUCUACUGAGACUGAUAUGUGUGUUAACUGAAUUCUCCAAAUAAAACAAACGCACCAGUUCCAAACGCAAAGGUGGGCCUUUAAUUACUGAGUGAUCACAUUGAUUAGCGGUGUUAAAUUUCUGCCGUUGGCUCUUUUACACUCCCAUGGGGCAUUGGUCUUUAAAUAACCUCAUAUCUAGGUGAACAUCUGUGUUGGUGUUAGAUAUAUUCUGUAACCUUUUAACAAAAUAUGGGAGAAUUGACAUUAGCUUCUCCCUAUGAAAUAGCAGUUGUAAACAACAUUUACAUUUCUGGAUUAUCACAAUACAUUUAACAAAAAGUUUUUAAGAAAUGUACAGUGAAACAUAAAAUUCCAUUUAUGCUGCAUUAUUGAAUUCAUUUAUACAAAUAGCUUAAAAAAAUGUAAUGUUUGCUUUGUUGUUUAUCAUAUCCUUGAGCUUAUGUUGAAAUGCAUGCUGUGGAAAAAUCACAGAUAAAUAGCUUUUCUGUGAUUUGCAGUACAUUCUUAUGGAUUUUAUUUAUGUUUUAAUUUCAUAAAACUGUACAAAAGGGAAAUGACUUGAUUCUUUACAGUAUCCACUAUUUAAACAUGGUUUGGGGUUUAAUUUGGUAGCUAGCUUAAUUUAUCGCAGCAUAAGGUUUACUUCCAUGCAAUGCUCAGAUAUACUGAAAGACCACCAUAUGCUGUUUAUUUUAUUAUGCUAUAUACAGAUUCUGCUGGCAGUUUAAGGUAUGGUUUGACAUACUGCCAUGUAGCAACUUUUGGAUAAUUCUUAUUAUUUUGCAGAAAUUUUUUUUUUCCAAUUUUCCAACUCAGCAACACUGGUGUGUGCAUGUCAUUUAGAUACAAAUCUUGGCUAAAUGUAGUACAUACAGAUAUUCAGUCUCAGGUAUAUCAGUAGCUUUAGCACAUUUAUUAAAUGUAUUGCUCUUCUAAGGCAGAAGUUGUGACAUAAUGCGUUAUUGGCAGAGGGUCGAAAGGAGCUAAGCGCCGUCCUAGAGUCCACCGAGCUAAUGGAACUGAGUGGACAUCUUAAGUAUUCAGUGAGUUAGGACAAACCCAGUUUCCAUCAUAUGCCUCAGCUGAUCUACAGCUUUUAACUGAUAUUUAUAUGUUACAAUAGCUAUUAAAUGGGGUUUGGACACCCCCCUGACAGUAUAUUUUUGCACUUCCCUUUCAAAUGUUGGGAGUGUCACUCAUAAUUACUUAGUUACUACACAAGAGUUGAUUUUUUUUUCAGGCAGGUUAUCCAAUACACAAUAUUGUGCUUUUUGACCACAAACUAAGAAUGCCCAGACUGCACUAUCUUUGGUUGAUUGGACCAUGAGCAAGAUUGUUUUAAAAACCGUGAAAGUGAGGCGUAACUAUGCUCCAGGAUGAUGAUCGCUGAUGAUUGGCCAACAGGUUUUUUCACAUUGGCUGAUCAGCUCUGAUAUAACUGCAUCAGGGUAGGAUCUUUCAAAAUGUUGAUGUGGGGGACCCAAAAAUUAUCCACCUGUAAAAAAUUACCAAACUGAAAAAGCUAAAGGGCCUGCUCUUGGCCAGUUAUAUCUAUUGCUUUAUUAAUUUGCUUAGAGUUAUGCUGACUGAAGACAUGUUCCCAUGAACUGAAACAGUACAACCCUGGUAAAGAGAAUCUGCCAUAAACCUAAUAUGCAACUUGUACAAGUUUAUUUAAAUGUUUAGAUGUUGAAGAGCCCUGGCCAAAUGAAAGUUAUCCUAUUUUUGUGGCACGAUUUGUCUUUUUUCCAUAUUGUAAAACAUUUUUUGUUG